AUGGCAUCAACCAGUUCAUUGUUCAUCGGUCUGACCGGGCUCAACACGCACUCUCGCAAGCUCGACAUCAUCGGUAACAAUAUCGCGAAUGUGAACACCACCGCAUUCAAGAGCUCGCGGAUCAUGUUCGAGACGCUCUUUCAGCGAAACCUCAGCUUCGGGACAGCGCCAACAGCAAGCAGCGGCGGGAUCAAUCCUCGACAAGUUGGCAACGGUGUGGGAAUCGGAGCGAUUCAGAGGGAUUUCAACAACGGCUCAAUCAACGCGACCGGAGAUCUGCGAGACCUCGCCAUCGACGGAUCGGGGUUCUUUAUGGUCGAGAGUAAUGGGUCAACUUUCUACACGCGUGCCGGAUCAUUCAGACAAGACACGGAAGAUAACCUGACCACCGCGACUGGUGAACGCUUGCUGGGAUAUGGUGUCGAUGAUGAUUUUAAUCUCAUCACCGGACAGCUCGUCCCCCUGAAUAUACCCGUAGGUCGACAGACCAUUGCAGAAGCAACCAGCAAUGUGUCCAUCGUGGGAAAUCUCGAUAAGAGUGGCGACAUUCCAACCACAGGAUCGAUCAUCGAUCUCAUGAGUUCAUCGCUCUCAGGACCAACAGUCCUCGGCGGUGGAUUCAUCAACUCAACCACACCACUGGUCAACAUUGACGAUCCAAACAAUCCCGGCACGCCGUUGUUGAGUGCAGGACAAACCGUUAGACUCACGAGCGAUGCAUCCAAGGGAGGCGGAGCACUCCCUGAAGCGGAUCUCUCAGUCACCGCAACCACAUCAGUCCAGGAUCUCAUGGACUUCCUUGAAGCCGCACUCGGGAUCCAGGAUACUGGUGCCGCGAACCCCGACGGGUCAACUCCGGGAGUCACUGUUGAUCCAACCACUGGUGUGAUCACCAUUGUGGGCAAUGUCGGGACAGAAAACAACAUUGAAAUUUCGACUGGUGAUCUGCGGAUCAUCGAUACCGACGGCACCACAAACCUUGGCGCCGCGUUCGAAACCACACAAGUCGCUGAAGCUGACGGCGAGAGCGUGCGGACCACUGUCUCCGCGUUUGACUCGCUCGGAACAUCAGUACUCGUCGAUGUGGUGAUGGUCCUCGACUCAACCCCUAACAGUGGGCCAGUCUGGCGCUACUUCGUCGAAUCGGGUGAUGACACAGAUCUGGAUAUCUCCGUCGCGACGGGCACACUGCAGUUUGAUACAGAGGGUCAGAUCGAUCCGCUGAACAACUCAGUGCAAGUCACCAUCGAUCGGAUGAACACAGGCGCGGACACGCCGUUGUCAUUCAACCUCAACUUCCUCGCUGAGAACGGACAAACCACUUCACUAGCCACAGGAUCGACCCUGAUCGGAUUGACGACCGACGGCCUUCCUCCAGGAACUCUCGAAACCUUCGCGACUGGAGAUGACGGUACUGUUGUAGGACGAUUCUCCAACGGCGCGAUCCGAACUAUGGGACAGGUCGUACUCGCGAAGUUCUCAAACCCUGCAGGUCUUGUGGAUCAGGGAGGUAACCUGUUCACAACUGGACCGAACUCAGGACCCGCCGCGAUUGCGAACCCAGGUCAGAUCGGAUUGGGUUCAGUGAUCGCAGGUGCACUAGAAGGCUCGAAUGUCGAUCUCGGACAAGAGUUCACGCAAAUGAUCCUGACUUCUACUGGUUACUCCGCGUCAUCGCGUGUUAUCCGAACAACCGAUGAGUUGCUCCAGCAGUUGUUGGAGAACCCCGACACCAUUAUCACGCUUAUUUCCGGCGAGCACAUGGUCGUCAAAGAGUCCAUGACCGAGAUCGUCCGCAGAUCCAUCGAAUACGGGCGGCAUCUCCGCAAGCUCUCUGCUCUGCACACCCACGGACGGGUGUUGUCGGAGGACGGACAAGUGGACAUUGCAACCGUAGGCGGGCUCGCGAUCGCAGCAAUUUGCUGCUUCUUGUCGAUCUUACUCGGCGGCGGUAAUCCCAUCGGAAUGAUCAACAUCCCGUCAGUGAUUGUUGUGUUUGGUGGAUCAACCGGUGCUGUCAUUGCCGCGUUCCCACUUGCAAAGUCGCUCGGUCUUCCAAGUCUUGUGAUGAAAGCAGUCUUCGGGACUACCGCAGAUCCUGCAGUGAUCAUCAAGGACAUCGUCAAGUACGCCGAGAUCGCUCGCCGUGAAGGUAUCCUCUCCCUCGAGAACCACAUCGAAGAAAUGAGCGAUGAGUUUAUUGUUCGCGGGAUCAAAAUGGCCGUCGACGGCACUGAUCCAGAACUCAUCCGUGUCAUCAUGGAAACCGAACUCGAAGCGAUGAUGGAUCGUCACAUGCAAGGUAAAAUGGUCCUCGAUCAGUUCGGGAAAUAUGCACCGGCAUUCGGGAUGAUCGGGACCCUCAUCGGUCUGAUCCUCAUGCUGGGUUCUAUGGAAGAUCCUUCCACCAUCGGUCCAUCCAUGGCAGUCGCGCUGAUCACCACGCUCUAUGGAGCGAUCAUCGCCAACGCAUUUGCUGGUCCGAUCGGCGACAAGCUCUACUCGAAGGAUCAAGAAGAAACACAACUCAAGACCAUCAUCAUCGCUGGUGUCAUGGCAAUCCAGUCUGGUGACAACCCACGCGUUGUUGAAAGCAAGCUUUUGACCUACCUCCCACCAGCAGAACGCGACGCGUUCCUCGCUGAGCAGGUCCCGGAGUGGGUGGUCACCUUUGGUGAUCUGAUGUCGCUUCUGCUCUGUUUCUUCGUGCUGCUGGUUUCAUUCUCGGAGAUGAAGAAACCACGCGAGUAUCAGAAGGUCAUCGAUUCGGUCAACGAAGCGAUGGGAUUCAAAGGCGGAAUGGGAUUGGCGCAUCUCAUCGAGAGCGCCAACAACUCGAUGGUCUCCAAUCAAGAAGAGCGUGCCCGCCGAGAUGGCGAUAUGCGUUCUACCAACGACAAUACCGAUCCGAACAUUGAAGGUCGGGAGACACUGGUCAAUGUCGUCCAGGAGGGUGCUCGCCACGCGAUCGGUGGCUCGAUCAUGUUCGAAGUUGGGAGCUUUGAGCUCUCUAAACGCAACCAGGACAUGCUGCGAGAUUCAGUCGCUCCAAAGAUUCGAGGACUCAACUACAUCUGUCCGGUUGUAGGGCAUUCGUGGGGACUCGAAGAAAAGCGUUCAGGACUCGGAUUUGACGAGUUGGGAUAUCGCCGUGCUCAAGUGGUGAAGGAUUUCUUGGUCCGGGAAUGUGGUGUGGAUGCAUCGAUUCUGAGGGUCGAAUCAGCUGGGAAUGCUGAGCCUAUGUCUCUGAGCGCCAAUUCCGGAGGAGCGAGCGGCUCGAACCGCCGAGUUCAGGUCUAUCAGACUGGGCGCACGGUCUCGCAGACGCAUCCAGAUCCAAACUUCACCGGUGCGGACAACUAA